CUAAGAGCAGACAAACUUGCGUAGUCUUGCCACGGUUCUCGCUGUCUGCCUGCCUCUCUCUAUGGACGGCCGGAGGGGAGAAGAGGAAACUGGGAUUUUUAUCGUCGGGACCGCAGCGCCUUUCCAGACCCUAGCGAUGAUUUAAUCACGGAAAAGCGGGGCGCGGGGGAAAAAAAGGAGAAGGAGAAAGACGACGGGAGCGCAAGAGGAGAGAGGAGCAGCUUCAGCCGUUGGAGAUGUGCGGUUGGGCCGAGAUUGCGGCGGUAUCCCUGUCUAGGCCUGGACUGAGCAGAUUGUUCUGAGAGGAAGCGGAUAACAAACAGGGGAAGUGAACAUGGCAGGGACCUCAGGCUUCUUUUCCAACGGACCUGUUCCGUGGAUGGACAACGACACAGAGAUGAACAACCUGUACCGAGACCUGGAGCUGGGGACAGUACUGACACUGUUUUAUUCAAAGAAGUCCCAGCGGCCAGAGAGAAGGACAUUUCAGGUCAAGCUGGAGACCAGGACUAUUAUCUGGACUCGCGGCACGGAUAAAAUAGAGGGAGAGAUUGACAUUCGAGAGAUAAAGGAGAUCCGUCCUGGACAGAAGUCCCGUGACUUUGAGCGCUAUGUGGAGGACUCGGCAGCGCGGCUGGACCAGGCUCACUGCUUUGUCAUCCUGUAUGGCACAGAGUUUCGCCUUAAAUCACUCAGCCUUGCAGCUACGUCUGAUGAGGAGAUGACCAUGUGGGUGAAGGGGUUAAACUGGCUUGUGGCCGACACGCUGAAGUCACCGACGCCGCUUCAGAUAGAGAGGUGGUUACGCAAGCAGUUCUACGCGGUUGAUCGCAACAGAGAAGACAGGAUAUCCUGUAAGGAUCUGAAGAGCAUGCUGAGCCAGGUCAACUACAGGGUGCCCAACAUGAGGUUCCUCCGAGAGAAACUUCCGGAGUCAGAGCUGAGGAAUGGAGACGUGUCCUUCAGUCAGUUUGCCCAGCUCUAUCGCAGCCUCAUGUUUGACGCUCAGAAAAACAUGGAGAUCCCGUUUCUACAAAGGUUCAUUGACAGACCAGAACCGAGGAUCUCCCUAGAGGACUUCAAGAGCUUCCUCCUGGAGUCUCAAAUGGAAAUGUGGGCUACAGACGACAACAAGGUUCAGGAGUUUAUGUUCGGCUACCUGAAGGACCCCCUGAGAGAAGUGGAGCAGCCUUAUUUCCACGCAGACGAGUUCCUGACAUACCUGUUCUCCAAAGAGAACACCAUCUGGGAUUGUUCCCUGGACCAAGUUUGUCCUGAGAAUAUGAACAACCCCCUGUCCCACUACUGGAUCUCCUCUUCGCACAACACCUACCUGACGGGAGACCAGUUUUCCAGUGAGUCGUCCCUGGAGGCGUACGCUCGCUGUCUGAGGAUGGGCUGCCGCUGUAUUGAAUUGGACUGCUGGGAUGGUCCUGAUGGAAUGCCAGUCAUCUACCACGGACACACCCUCACAACAAAAAUCAAGUUUUCUGAUGUGCUGACCACCAUCAAAGAGCACGCCUUUGUCACAUCCGACUACCCCAUCAUCCUGUCCAUUGAGGACCACUGUAGUAUUGUGCAGCAGAGGAAUAUGGCCACUCACUUUAAGAAGGUGUUUGGAGACAUGCUGCUGACCAAGGCGGUGGAUAUUGUGGCAGAUGGACUGCCCUCACCCAACCAGCUCAAGAGGAAAAUCCUCAUCAAGCAUAAGAAGCUUGCAGAGGGCAGUGCCUAUGAGGAGGUGUCCACAUCCACUCCCUACUCGGAGAACGAUAUCAGCAACUCCAUCAAAAACGGCAUCUUGUACCUAGAAGACCCCAUUAACCAUGAGUGGUACCCUCAUUUCUUUGUCCUGACCAGUAGUAAGAUCUACUACUCAGAAGAGACCUCUAAUAACCAGGGUAACGAUGACGAGGAGGAGCACAGAGAGGUGUCCAAUGGCAUGGACCAGCACGUGACAGAGAAAUGGUUCCACGGGAAGCUGGGCGCAGGGCGGGACGGGCGGCAGAUAGCCGAGAGACUGCUGUCUGAGUACUGCCUAGAAACCGGAGCUCCUGAUGGCUCCUUCCUGGUCCGAGAGAGCGAGACGUUUGUUGGAGACUACACUCUGUCAUUCUGGCGUUCAGGGCGGGUGCAGCACUGUCGCAUCCACUCGCGUCAGGAGGCAGGUAGCCCCAAGUUCUACCUGACGGACAACCUGGUGUUCGACACGCUCUUUGCCCUGAUCAGCCACUACCAGCAGGUGGCGCUGCGCUGCAAUGAGUUUGAGAUGAAGCUGACUGAGCCGGUGCCUCAGACCAAUGCCCACGAAAGCAAAGAGUGGUACCAUGCCAACCUCUCCAGGAGCCAUGCUGAGAACAUGUUGAUGAGGGUUCCACGUGACGGGGCUUUCCUUGUCAGGAAGAGGGCAGAACCCAACUCGUUUGCCAUUUCCUUCAGGGCCGAGGGUAAGAUAAAGCACUGUCGUGUGCAGCAGGAGGGUCAGACCGUGGUGCUGGGCACCUCAGAGUUUGACAGCCUAGUAGAUCUCAUCAGCUACUACGAGAAGCACCCUCUGUACCGCAAAAUGAAGCUGCGCUACCCCAUCAAUGAGGACACACUGGAGAAGAUAGGCACUGCUGAGCCAGACUACGGGUCUCUGUAUGAGGGCAGGAAUCCAGGCUUUUACGUGGAGGCGAACCAAAUGCCAACGUUCAAGUGCACGGUGAGAGCCAUGUACGAGUAUAAAGCCCAGAGAGACGAUGAGCUCUCCUUCACCAAGAGCGCCAUCAUCUCUAAUGUGGACAAACAGGAAGGAGGAUGGUGGAAGGGUGACUGUGGAGGGAAGAAGCAGCUGUGGUUUCCUGCCAACUACGUGGAGGAGAUCAGUCCAUCAGCGGCAGAGCCUGACAGAGCUGAGAUGACAGAGAACAGCCCUCUGGGAGAUCUACUGAGAGGAAGUGUGGACGUGUCUUCCUGUCAGAUUGUUGUGCGUCCUGACGGGAAGGGCAGCAGGCCCCACGUCUUCUCCCUCGUACCGAAUGCCUCCAUGCGGACGGGCCCUGUGCUCGACGUCGCUGCCAACAGCCAAGAGGAGCUCAAGGAAUGGGUGUUCAAGAUCCGUGAGGUCACCGUGACUUCAGAGGCCAAGCUGGAAGAGGGGAAGAUAAUGGAGAGAAGGAAGAAGAUUGCACUGGAAUUAUCCGAGCUGGUCAUCUACUGUAGGCCUGUGCCGUUCGAUGAAGAUAAGAUCGGCACAGAGCGAGCCUGUUUCCGGGACAUGUCGUCCUUCCCCGAGACCAAGGCAGAGAAGUACGUCAACAAGAUCAAAGGAAAGAAGUUCCUGCAGUACAAUCGACUACAGCUGUCCAGGAUCUACCCCAGAGGCCAGAGACUAGACUCCUCUAACUAUGACCCGCUGCCGAUGUGGCUGUGCGGGUCCCAGCUGGUAGCGCUCAACUUCCAGACAGCAGACAAGCCAAUGCAGAUGAACCAGGCCCUGUUCAUGUUGAAUGGAAGGAGUGGCUACGUCCUUCAGCCGCCCAUCAUGAGGGACGAUAGCUUCGAUCCGUUUGACAGACAUACACUACGAGGCCUUGAACAAGUCACUCUAGAGAUAGAGGUUUUGGGCGCACGGCACCUUCCCAAGCACGGUCGUGGCAUAGUUUGUCCUCUGAUCGAGAUCGAGGUGUGCGGGGCAGAGUACGACAGCGCCAAGCAAAAAACUGACUCAGAAGCUGAUAACGGUCUGAACCCCACGUGGCCCCGGAAGCCAUUCCAGUUCACAGUGUGCAACUCCGCAUUCGCCUUCCUCCGCUUUGUGGUUUAUGAGAUCGACAUGUUCAAUGACCAAAAUUUCUUGGCUCAGGCCACAUUCCCCAUUCAUGGUCUCAAGACAGGUUACCGGUCAGUACCUCUCAAGAACAGCUACAACGAGGAUCUGGAGUUGGCUUCUCUGUUAGUCCACAUGGACAUCGUCAGAGGCAGGGAUGAAAACGGAGAGGUUCUGAGCCCGUUUCUUGCAGUCGGGGCCACAUCACUGUCAGCAUCUGCCCAAGCAGGGAGGGAACGUUUGGGGGACUUGAGCUCGGUGUCUUCGACUUCCUCCAGCAUGUCUGCUCUGCCCCAGUCGCCAGCCCAGGCCAUGGCCUACAGGGGGAGGGAGGGCUCCUUUGAAUCCCGCUACCAGUCCCCUCUAGAUGACUUCAGGGUGUCCCAGGAGACACUGCUGGACCACAUGGACCCACAGAACAGGAGGAUGUUGCGGAGGACCAGAGUGGGCGGAGAGAACCGUGUCUGAGUCCAAGCCAAUCAGGACGCAUUUCUGUUGCACCCCCCCACCCACCCCCCCUCAACCCCCUCCUCCUCACCCAGUCGCCUCUCCCCGUACUGAUGAUGUCACUGACUGCUGUGAACACUGUUUCCAUGGAAACGCCCACCACCGCUUUGGCCUACAUUUCAGGCAGCUCUCCCUCCCUCCAUUCUCCAACACCCAACCACCCCUCUCUCUCUCUCUCCCUCUCUCCCUCUGUCCCCUCCCUGCCGCCCAGCCUCCCCACCACUCGCCUAAUGAGAAGAAGGGACUCAGACAUUAGAGGAAGGGGGGGGGGGACUGAGAGGAAGCUGACCGCUGUGGACAGGAAGAAGAAACGGACGUUCACAGGAGAACAAAAACAAGGCUGAACAAGUCCCAGCUCUGGACUGGUUGUUUGCAGAGCAGCUUGUCCUCCUUGUGUUUCUAUGUGUGCACAACAGCUGCUUAGUUUGGAGGCUAAGAGGAGGGAGAGAGAGAGAGAGCUCUAAAAGGUAUCAGUUUGAAACUGUUUCGUGGUUAAGUUUCUUUGCUCUUCUCUAUUUGGCGUAUAUGAAUAUAUAUAUUUAUUCCUGCUAUGCUGUUGGCCAGAGAACAGCAGCAGCUGACCUGCUCUCAAAGAGCUCCUGUCUCCAUGUUUUUAAUUAUUAGAAUUAUUUAAACCUUUUAACAUUCAUAAUGUGACUUCUUUUUUUCUUUUUUUUUUUCUUCUUUUUUUUAAUGUAUAUGUGUAAAACACGAGGGCUCUCUACGGCUAUUUUUAAUGUCUCCCUCUUCUCUGCUUUGUGGAGGAAUGCAUCUCCAGUGUAACACCCUAAUCCUGGAGGGAUAUUUAAUUUUUUUUUUUUUUUUUUUUUUUUUUUUUGAAGGCAUCAGGAAGAAGUCAGAACCUGUUUGUGUUAGAAGCAGUGGGAGAGAAAGCAGCAUCAUAUGUUAUGUCUGCAUACACACACACACACACACACACACACACACACACACACACAGCCAGGCUUUCUUUUUUCCUUCUAACUUACAUUCCAAAAAAUUGCACAUCAUUCCAUUUUCCUGCGUCGCAGGCGCCUUUACAAGCCAGUCUGACACAUUCAAGGAUCUGUCUCCCUCACUGAGUCUUACUGCUCAAGGAUCAUGUCUGUAGGAAAUCUUAUCGCUUCACUGUGUGAUAAAGCAGGACCAGGGAUACAUGUCAACCCUAAAAAAAGGGGUUGUGUUCUGAGUGUUGAAUGAUAAUUGUGUUCAAAAUUGUCCGUUUUUUUUUUUUUUCCUCUCUUUCUGAUUUUUGCUCGUAUCAUCUUCCCCUAUGUUUAUAGGCGUUUUAAUGGCAACACAGUCGUCUUGUCAAUCAAGGGAAUGUUCUUUAGGGCUGUGAGCUAAAAUGACAAUACUGAUAACUUUGCUGGAUAAUGUGAUGGGUCUUUUUUUUUUUAAGAACAAAGUGCUUCGAGGAACACAAUUAUGUACAUGUACUCACAUUUUUAAAACAUUUUCAUUCAUAGAGAACAUGGUAAAUGUUUCAAGUUUGUCUGUAUACCAUAAAUGCUGUAAUUAUGGAAACUGGAGAUGGAGAUUGUAGUAGGAUUACAUGUUUAAGUGCCCUGUGUUCUCAGGAUUCAUAAUUGAAUGUUUUAGAAUUGUGGAUAUUUUUUUUACCGACAUUUCAAGUCUUUAAACAAAAUGAUCAUUGUUUUAAUUUGUUCCUAAUAGCCAUUACUAUAACUGACAUUACUAUGAGCUGUCACUCUUUUUGAGAUGUAUGUUUCAACACCAACAGACAUCUCUUAAAGUGGUUUUGAGCUCCUGAGCAAAGGGGUUUUCCUGCGACCAGCUUGUUUUGGUUUUCAGUUGUUAACAUUUGUACAAUUGGAGUUUCCCCAAUGUUUGAAUUAGAAAAGAAAUUCAGUGCUGUGAGCAAGUGAGACGGUUUGUAUUGCCAGAGUAAGGGGUAAAGAAAUUAUGCCAUGUUGUUUGACUCGCUAUGUUUUGCAGCACCACACAGACAUGAGGGACAUUUUGUGUAUGAUGUUCCUGGGGAGUUUUGUCACAGCACUAAGCCGCUUUCCAGAAACCUGUGAGGAUUUUAAGUUCCACUGCCAUGAGAUAGUUAAACCGCCACUGCCCGUGAAUUUAUUGUCGGCAAAAUGUGCAAAAAUGGAAACCGAGUGAAUGCCAAACGCUAAACUUCAUAACUCAUCAUUCCCAACUUUAGAUCCUCAUUCUGGCCUCUGCUCAUAAAUGUUAGUCUAACUUGGUAAAUAAGACUUCUCUUGAGGUAAAUGUCGGUGCCCUUAAAUGUGCGGCGAGUUCUCAUCUCCUUUGCGUGAGAAGUGUGUUUGGGAGGAACAGACCGAGUCUAAGCUUCAGACUUUGUUGUAGCUGUGUUUCUGUGACUGAUGGAUGACAAAAGGUGCCUGGAGGGGGGGUGGGGGGGGAGGUCUGGGCCUUCAGUGAGCCCAUAUAACCGAUGGUGUUAUCUUUCCAGGUUUGUAUCAGAAACAGUGUUUUCUCUGCUUGUAUGUGAUGACUGUAUGAUGUAAACUCAGUAUUCUCACUCAGUGUUUGACCACUGAGACACACCUAAGCCAUAUGGUAUGAUUUAAGGUAAAAGCAGGGACAGGAGCGAAUACUUGAGGUCUCACUGAAAAUUUUUGGCAUCUUUUUUUUUUUUUUUUUUUUUUUUUUUUUUUUUGCACGUCGAUAUUAAUCCCAAAGCUCCUCCAUAUUACAUUUAUUUUUCCUCCAGUGGUCAAUGAAUGAUUCUUGUGGAGAGCUUUCCCUCCAAUGCUGCAUUUCUCUUAUUGCUGACCUGUCCGCUAACGUCUACGUGCCUCCGUCUGUGUACACAUCACAUUAAAUGAAGCCACAUCAUUCAGCUACCCUGCUGGGCUUACAGCACCCGCACAGCCAUCGGUACACCCACACAGGUGUCGUCACUCAUUUGUGGAUGGUGGGACCUCCUCUCAGCACUGUGUGAGCGUGUAUGGACCAUGUUUGACUGGCAUGUCCCUGACUCUCCUGUUUGGUUUGUUGUACUCACUGUGGCGGGACAACGAACUGUAAAGAGGUCAAAUCAAACAGAAAGACUGAGAACUCCUGUGUGGGUGUACAAAGCCCUUAAGUGUCAUUUGUUCUGCGUUUUUUUUUUUUUUCUCCAAUCUUCGUCUGUUUUGUUACUGACAGCCUCAUUUACAGUCGCCUUUCUGUAAUGUGCCUAAACUAUGGAGAGGAAAAGUAUUCAUUUUAAUUUUGCCUUUCAUAUGAAACAUAUUCAAGCCUGAAAAGUAAAUAAAAUACUUACUACUUUA